CAGAGAGAGGCCUCGUGAGAGAGCAUUGUUCUUGAGAGGUGGCCGCAAAGACAUCGCUCGCAUGAAUUUGAAGUUCCUAAACCUGUUCACUUUUCACACACUCCAUCAGUGCAUAGCAUAAGAACCAGAGAACAGCCGAGAAGUAUCUCUUGAAGAAGAUGACAUCUGCAUUACAGUAAUUUACAAAUACUGUUUGAAGGAAGGUGCUACACAAAUAUCUACCGAAGCAAUUCAAGUUAGCAUCCAUUGCCUAGCUCGUCACUUGUAUAUGUUCUGUCAAAAAGUUUUAUGAGUGCUAAUAACUCAAACAGUAUGAGUGGCACUCCCAAGAGGUCACAUGAUGAUGGAAGCCAUUCUACGCCAGCAAAGCGAACACUUGAUGAAGCUAACAUAUCUUCUGGCUUUUCUGGGAAAUUGAUUCAGCCAGGCAGUAAUGAUUUUCACCUACCCCUUGAGCCUGGGCAGGAUGGGCGAAUGGCAAAAGUUCAACGCACUGAUUUGCUUGACGUUGAUAAGAGAUUAUCCCUUAUUCAUCGGAUGUCGCCAUCGUCUAACAUGCCUGUGGAGCAUCCUAUUAUUCCAGAAAGCAAGCCAGAAUCCAGAAUUCCCAAGGAUGUCAGAGAUGUGAAAGCUGAUUAUAGAGAAACAAAGACGGAAAUUAGGGAGACAUAUGCUGACACCAGGAAGGAUUCUCAAGGCAGUAAGCUUGAGCAUGAUGUAAAACUAGACAGCAAAGGGGAAGAAAGAGAAUUAAGAUCUGAUAGGGGGCCUCUUACCACCAACAAAGGUGAUUUAAAAUCUGAAAAAGAAGGCUACCCCACUUCACAUUCCUACAUUAGUUGGAAAGAUGGAAAAGAAGGCCACAGGGGCAAAAGAUAUUAUGACUUGCAAGGCAGUGGUUUUGAUUCUUGGCGAGUUUCACGUCACGGGGUACAAAUUGCAGAAGAAGGUGGGAAAGAUUUUUCAAUGCCUGAAGAUAAGGGUUCUUCAGAAGGCCGUGAGGCGGUUGGUGAAAACAAAAUUGAUUUGAAAGCAGAAGAUAAAUUGAGAGAUAGGGAUAGGAAAAGGAAGGAUGAGAAGCAUAGAGAUUUUGGAGAAAGAGACAAGGAUAAAAAUGACCGCCGGAGCAGUAGUUUGCUAGGUAGUGCCAGUACUGAAAGGAAGGAUCUCAUGAGAGUGGAGAGAGAAACAGAAAAGGACCGGAAAGAUGCUCAAGGUGAAAAGGAGUGGAACAAGGAGUUAGAUUCCAAUAAGCUGGACUCAUCCAAUGUAAAUGAUAAGAAGAAUGUCUAUAAUGAGACAGAGCUGCUGGAUGGAUCUGUUAGGACCACUGAGGAAACCAUAGUAAUAGAGCCAAAAUUGACAAAAGAUGAGAGUCGGAGAGCAUAUGAUGGAGACUUGAAGGAGAAAAAAAGAGAACAGGACAUUGGUGCAAGUGACAGGUCUGAACCUCAUGGAAAGUUUUAUGAAAAGGAAUCUGAUAAUGCUUCUCUGGAAGGAGAUGUUGCUGUGGAAAAGGAUAAGGAAAGUUUUGCCUCUGGUGUUCAACAGCGUAGGAGAAUGUUAAGAUCCAGAGGGACUUCUCAAACACCUCAUCGAGAACCUCGCUUUCGUUCGAGAAUGCGUGAUUCGGAGGGAUCUCAAGGUAAAUCUGAAGCAUGUUCCAUUGUUUACAAAGCUGGUGAGUGUAUGCAAGAGCUUCUUAAAUCCUGGAAAGAAUUUGAAGUAUCUCAAGAGCAUAAAAAUGAUGAAAACCUAAAAAACUUUCCAACAUUGGAAAUUCGGAUUCCUGCGGAAAAUGUGACUUCUUCAAAUCAUCAAGUAAGAGGUGGCCAGUUGUGGGGAACUGAUAUAUACACAAAUGAUUCAGAUCUCGUUGCAGUUCUCAUGCAUACUGGUUAUUGUCGCCCAACAUCAUCACCUCCUCCAUCCCCCAUUCUUGAAUUACGAGCAACUGUUCGAGUUCUCCCCCCGCAAGAUUGCUACACUUCAACACUGAGAAACAAUGUCCGCUCCCGUGGUUGGGGUGCUGGAAUUGGUUGUAGUUUUCACGUUGAGCGGUGCUGCAUAGUCAAGAAGUGUGGUGGAACAAUUGACUUAGAGGCUCAUCUCACACAUACAUCUGCAAUGGAACCUACUCUUGCUCCCGUGUCUGUUGAACGGACAAUGACAACAAGGGCUGCAGCUUCGAAUGCGUUGCGGCAACAGAGGUUUGUCCGUGAAGUGACAGUUCAGUACAACCUCUGCAAUGAACCCUGGCUGAAAUAUAGUAUCAGUGCAGUGGCUGACAAGGGACUAAAGAAGCCGUUCCAUACAUCAGCUCGACUUAAAAAGGGUGAAGUUUUGUAUCUUGAAACACAUUUUAAGAGGUAUGAGCUCUGCUUCAAUGGAGAGAAGGCUAUCUGCAUUGGCACCACCCCAGGUUCCACCCAGCCACCAGAUACAGAGCCGGAAAAACAUCAUAAUGUCCAGACCGGUGACAAAAAUCACGACCGGGACAUUGUUACAGAUGUGUUUCGAUGGUCACGCUGUAUGAUACCUCUUCCUCAGAAUCUAAUGCAUUCUGUUGGAAUCCCAUUACCCGUCGAGCAUCUAGAGGUGCUCGAGGAUAAUUUGAGCUGGGAGGAUGUGCAGUGGUCGCAAACCGGUGUUUUUGUGGCUGGGAAGGAGUACAUUCUCGCCCGUGCGCAUUUUCUUUCCGGCACCAAUUAGUCACCUUAUAUAUGCUUUUUAAUGUAAAGUAUUAUAUACCAUCCUUCCAUCUAUAAUAUGUAUUCCAUCUUGUGCUAGUUCAGCUCUUGAUUCUAACCCAAAAA